GUCCCUCAUUUCCUCGUUGACAAACACGAAACAGAAUCAAAGAGGAGUCGAAUGAAUCAAUCGAAUCAAACAGAACAACAUCAACAGAAGAAAUCACCUAGGCGACAGUCGUACUCAUUUUCCUUUCGUUGAGCGACGGGUUUCAUUCAAAGCUUCACCAUCAUCAUCAUCACAAAGAGCAUCCGUUCGCAAACAAAAAAGACAAGAAUACAACACAACACAACACAACACAUCGACCAUGAGCAAAUCAUUCAAGGAAGAGCACCCACUCGACAAGCGCAAGUCCGAGGCGGAGCGCAUUCGUGCCAAGUAUCCCGACCGAGUACCCGUGAUUUGCGAAAAGGCGGACCGAUCGGAUAUUCCCGACAUUGACAAGAAGAAGUAUUUGGUACCGGCGGAUUUGACAGUGGGUCAAUUCCACUAUGUGAUUCGCAAACGCAUCAAGCUGGCACCGGAAAAGGCUCUCUUUCUAUUCUGCUCCAAUUCCAUCCCACCCAACGCCGCACUCAUGUCCACCGUCUACGAAGAACAAAAAGACGAAGAUGGAUUCCUGUACAUUCAAUACAGUGGGGAGUCGACGUUUGGAACAACAGAAGAAGAGAUCUAGAAAACAACAACAAUUUGCCGGCCUCUUUUUCGAUCUUGUCAUGGCCUUCAUUUGGCAAUACUGUGAUGUUGGAACCGUUCUCUUGGGGUAUUGCUGAUGCCCUCGUUUUCAAUGGAGUGGAACCUGUGCUUGGCCUUUCUAAAAAAUACUAAAAACUAAAUAAUAACAACCUGCCUUUGAUAUACU